CACUUAAAGAAAACAAAUAACGUUUCACAUAUGGACUCCAGCUUCUUAUUACUUCAGUUAGUAUGGAUUCAGAGUCUAUAAAAGUAGUAGGACUGGAUGUCCUGGCUUGGGAAAACAGUUCUAGUAGGUUUUACUGAGCAUAAAUCCCACGGAAAGACUAAAUUUACUCAAUUUGGCUCUGGGGUUGAAGAGGUUUAAGAGGCUCUGGCCUGAGGACUGGGCCUGGAAAUAAAGAAGACAAAGUGCUGUGAGAAAGGCAGCUGUUCAUGGCGCCAAAUGCAGACUGGCAACAGUUUAUAACUUCAAUUAGUUUUGGCUCCAACAGCUGAUUCUAAGAAUGGAGAGACUAAAGGAGAACCAAAGAAGGAGCCAAGCGAUCUAUUUUAUGUCAGAAUGAUUCUUUCCGCGGGAAUAGACAAGACUUUUUUGAUGCUAAAUAUAAUUGCAGCACACCAUUAAGUCUGAUUGCAAAGAAAUUGUUUUAAGCCAUCGUGCAAAAUUUGGGUUUUAUGUUGAUGUUUUUGUAUCAUCAGUUGCCAUCCAAUUGGACUAAAUUCUUGAGGCAUUGGAUCAUUGCUUUGAGAAGGGGGUCAGUAACAGCAGCAGCCAUUACCAUGUCCACACUCCGAGUCUGUGUUGUGGAGGGGGAGGGCUUCUGAGGGUGAAGGGGACAGAGGGGUUGUAUUUUUAUAAAGCAUGUGCUAUCCUGCACGCCUGACAGUGAUAAAGUAGAAAGGCUCCCAGAGUAGAACUGGUGUGCCUUUUAAAGACAAAAGAAAGUGAGGCAGGAUCUACCACAGGGCUCUAAUUGGACACAAAGAGAGAAGAAGAGGAAAACAUAGUUAGAAUUCAAACUAAAACUACAAAAGGUAUAAUCAGGAAGACAAACGGAGAAUAGGAACAUGGAGGUUAAGACUGGAAACUCCUCUAAUGGCUUCACACCAGAGAUCAACUUGGAGAAGUUACACAAGAUGGCUGCAGAGGUGAUACUGCUGGGGAAAUUCAUCCUCAGACUCCUGGAUGCUGCUCUGGUGUUUGUAACCAACGUACUGGCCAGGUUUUUAGGAAGCAAGCUGGUCAGACGGCAUUUCCACCUGAUGCUGUCUGCUUUGGUUCUGUUUGGUCCUGUGCUGAGUUUCUGGGUGUCAAAGUACAGCAUCUUCGCUAACAGCAACCACUACCUGUACAGGAAGUUCCUCAAGUCCACUUGGGGUUGGACCUGCAUCUUCACAGCUUCCUUCAUGCUUCUCCUCUCCCUCUCAGCCCGUCACUCCCCCUCUCUCCUCCUCCGCCACCUCUCCCGGAUAGGGGUGGUGGGGUUGCUGUGGUGGGGCUGUCGGCGUCUCCUGACACUGCUGGAGGAUGCCGCAGGAAACUGUUACGAACCUAUGAUCCCUGCCCAGGAUAUCCAAGGCACCGCGUCCUCGCUACAGCCCCUGCUGCUCCUGCAUGAAGACCAGACCAAGGCCUCCUGCCUCAGAGACAACAUGGUGUGGAGAGGUUACGAAGUAUCGCAGGACGUCCUCAUCAUCUGCUUGUGUUGCCUGCUGCUUGUGGAGGAAGUGUCUGUCUUUGGUCUUUACCUGGCCCAAGCAAAGCCUCUGCCGUGGUCCCAUGAUGCCCCUUUAAGGUUCAUCUUCCUCCUGUGUGUGGUUCUACUUGCCUUGUGGAUGUUCUUGCUACUGUGUUUGCUUGCACACUUCCCCAAGUUCCCCUCACAGCAUCUAGGAGGAGCUCUAGGCUACCUGGGAUGGAGAGGACUCUAUCAGGGCUGGUACAGACUCACACCGAGUUGGGGCUGUCCUGGUUUGCCGGGAGAGGGACUUAUUACCACCACAGACAAGGACACACAGCCUCAGUAGUGUGAAACCCCUCAGAUUUUGGGGAUGUGGAAAAAUCUUGAAAGCUUAGGCUCAAGUUUUGGAAAGUGAAAAUGGCUUCUCAUUAGGGUUGUGAAGAGAAUCUAGGUACAGUAUAUCACCUGUAAAAACCCAACACCACUACAACUUUAAAUUCUCAUUUGGACAAAAGAAGAGUAGACAGAAGUAUCUGAAUCGUGUUGCUUUAUUUUGUAAUCUCAACCAAAAUGAAUACACAGUAAGAAAAAGAAGACAUUUUUGUCAGAGUGGGUGUAUUGUUACAUGAGUGUCAUACUACACUAGUUGUAUCUUGUUAGAAAGCCUGCGAGUGUGCUGGAGUCUCAGUAGAUGAGAGCCUUGCCGUCUCCUCUGGGCUUCUUAAUCUUAUCAUAGUUCUUGUUAAUGAUGUCAAACAGCACAGCCUGCGGGGGGAGAGAUACAGAGAGAGACAUCAGUGGAAAUGAAGUGCGAGAAAGAUAUAAGAAAGAUCAACGGCAUGUGAGAGAGAGAGAGAGAGAGAGAGAGAGAGAGAGAGAGAGAGAGAGAGAGAGAGAGAGAGAGAGAGAGAGAGAGAGAGAGAGAGAGAGAGAGAGAGAGAGAGAGAGAGAGAGAGAGAGAGAGAGAGAGAGAGAGAGAGAGAGAGAGGCCCAGAUCCAGAGCCGUGAUCGUGUCAAACAACUCCUUUCAUCAUGUCCUGUACUGCCUUGUCCAUUAACAGCAUCAAACACAGGUGGACAAUAGCCAGAGGAAGGAGACAAACAGUGAUUAAUGGAUAGGAGAUGGAGUGCCAAUCAAUUUAACACAAGCACAGCAAUUAAUUUAAUUACCCUCCUAUUAGGAAGGAAUGGAUUCCAUUUAGCUAUAGUCCCUGCUGCUGUGACACGACUGGAAUAUUUUAAAUAUGUGUGAGUAGUUGUAUUCAAAGUACAGUGCAUGGUUACGGCAGAUGGUAUAUUACGUUUGAUACACAAAAACAGAUUUACAAUUUUUAGAAGACACGUGCGCAGACUAUAAUCCAGUCAAAUUGCAUUAUCAGUUGCGUGUUGACAACUUUUUUACAAUUUGAUUUUGACCCAAGCUCAGAUUUUUCUAUACGCAUAUAUGAAAUACAACUUAACCAGUAAACAACGGGGCGUAGGUAUCUUACAUAUGUGUUGCAGAUGUCCAGGACCACGAGGCGGAGCUCAUAGUACUGAUACUGGUCCAGCUCGUGAACCAGCUGUCUGUAGUCUCCCUGCGGCAGAAAGCACACAGCACAGAGUUCACAUGCAA